GCCUGACACGGAGAGUACUGGGAAUGGAGUUUGCAGGCAGCUGCUGAGAAAGUUGGGACGGAACUGGACUGGAGAUGCCACUUUCCCUUCUAAUGGCUGCCAAGGAGAAGGGCUUCCAGCAAUCUCAGAUGGCCCAGUGGAACAGGAGUGGCUAUUUCAGGAGCUCUGGUAGCAGAGAUGUGAAUCCCGACCUUGAAACUGAAAGGCAGACUGCCUCCUUCAGUGUGGAGAGGCUCACUGCCAUAUUGGAUGGAGGUGCUGACAACACCAGGACACGGAGGGCAGUGGAGGCAGUAAUCCACAGUGAACCUGGCUUUAGCAGAGAAAACCAAUACUUCCAGAGCCAGAAUGAGAGGUAUGAAGCAGCAGUCAGAAGGUCUGUUUACCUCAAGGAGAAGAUGCAUCAAAUGGGAUGGACUGAAGACGGGCCUGAAAUUAAGUAUUGCUACAGGGCACUUGGAGGAGACCUAGCAUUUAACGUCCACAGAGUCUUUAAGAACAGUAUCUUGGCCCUGGGAACAGAUGAACAAAUUGCCAAGUGGAUACCACUUGCUGACAAAUACCACAUUAUAGGAACCUAUGCUCAAACUGAAUUGGGACAUGGGACAUUUCUCCGGGGUUUGGAGACAACAGCGAUUUUUGACAUUUCCACUCAGGAAUUUACAUUGAAUACACCAAAGAUCUCGGCAAUGAAGUGGUGGCCUGGAGACUUGGGCAGGUCAGCAACCCACGCUGUGGUUUUUGCCCAGUUGUAUAUUAAAGGAAAGUGCUACGGUUUGCAUGCCUUCAUCCUGCAGAUCCGCAGCCUUCGUGACCAUUCACCUGCACCAGGGGUUAUUGUGGGAGACAUCGGUCCCAAAAUGAAUUUUGAACACAUUGACAAUGGCUAUCUCAUGCUGCAGAACAUUAAUAUUCCUAGAGAAAACAUGCUCAGCAGAUUCUCUCAGGUUCUACCAGAUGGCACCUACGUGAAACGAGGGUCUGAUAAGAUUAACUACUUGACCAUGAUCAUGACACGCGUUCAUAUACUUUGGACUGAAGUUAUACCCACGCUGUUGAAGGCCUGCACCAUCGCCACCAGAUAUUCGGUGGUUCGCCGACAGUCCAAGUUGAACCCGGGUGACCCAGAGGCAAAAAUCCUAGACUACCAGACUCAGCAACAGAAGCUACUACCUCUGCUAGCAACAGCCUAUGCCUUUCAUUUCAUGAACGCCUACGUGAACGAGUUCUACAACAAAGGAUACACAGAGAUCAGACAGGAGAAUUUUGAUUCACUACCUGAGCUUCAUGCCCUUACUGCAGGCAUUAAAGCCAUAAUUACAGAGUACUGCACUGCGGGAGCCGAGGUCUGUCUCAGGGCCUGUGGAGGCCACGGUUACUCUGCGCUGAGUGGACUCCCUUUUCUGUAUACUAAACUAGCCGCUUCUUGUACUUACGAAGGGGAAAACACAGUCCUGUUCCUGCAGACUGCCAGGUUUCUGGUAAAGUGCCUUGCAGCAGUUCACUCUGGCCAGCCCAUCCCUCCAUCAGCCACCUAUUUGUCUUCAGUGGACUCUGGAAAGUGUCAGGCACGGACCAGCGCAGACUUUCUCAAACCAGACAUUUACGCAGAGGCCUAUCGGCACAGAGCAACCAGGCUCCUCGGAAAUGCAGCAACCAAGCUACAGGGUUUGGUUCAGUCAGGAGCUGAACAGCAUGAGGCAUGGAACCAGUGCACAGUACAGCUUGUACAGGCUGCAAAGGCUCACUGCCACUACAUUGUUGUGAAAAACUUCAUAGACACAGUGGAGAAACUUAGAAAUGAGGCUGAAAUCCAGAAGAUUGUGAAACACCUUUGUGACCUUUUUGCAUUACAUGGUAUCUUCUCAAACACGGGAGAUUUCCUGUAUGCUGGGUACAUAUCUGGGGACCAAAUAGACAUGGUGACUGCAUCCUACCUGGACCUACUCGCUGUCAUUCGGAAUGAUGCAGUGCCUCUAGUGGAUGCUUUCGACUUCACCGAUGAAAGUUUGAAUUCUGCGCUUGGCAGUUACGACGGACAUGUCUACCAACGGCUUUACGAGUGGGCUCAGAAGUCACCAACCAACAAACAGGUGAGCCAGGCCUAUGCAAGAUACCUGAAACCACUUUUUCAGAGUGCUCUGUCAAAACUAUAAAGAUCAACAGCUGUUUGGGACAUAGACAACAUCUUCUUUGGUUCCAUGUAUGGUGCACUAGCUAGCACACUGCCAGUGUUUUAUAAAUAAUCAAAGAGUAACACAGAACAGUUGACUGUACUGUCUGCAAACAUCAACUGGAAUUCUUAGUCAUUUACAUUUAAGAAUGGAAGGAAGCCAAUCAGUUUUCAUCUAUGUCCAUGGUUAAGCAGAGUUCCAUCAGGAACUUAUCUAAUUUUUUUUUUAAAAAUAUGUUCACAGUAGCUGCCGAAGCUGCCUUAUUUAGCAAUCCAAUUCUCAAUGUUUUAUUACAUUCAGGUUAAAAAUAAUUACUUUCUUGCUGCCUGAGACAUAAGUUUGCUGAGCUCAUAAAAUGCCUUGCACAGAAUCAAGGAACUUAAGUUAACAAAACUAAUGUAAAGUCACAGCCAGAGGUUCUAAAACCAGCUGCUUAGAUUAAAAGCUCUGUUAAAAUGUGAACUCUUUGGGACAGGGGACAGAAUUCCUUCUUGUAUCUUGUUGAGCAGUAAGCACUAUCUGCACUUAAAUUUAACCAGUCAAAACUCACACAGUAUGUGCCAGCUUCACCUUGUGAAAAUGAUCUGUUAUGAUGAAAGCUUCUGAUACCCUUUCUGUAAACUUCAGCCUCCAACAGGAGUGUGUGAUUUAGGGUUUGCUUAUUAGAUGGAUCUGUGGUUCUCAAGUAGAAAGGACAGAUAUCUUCUAUUUGGUGAUUAAACCAAGCAUUACAUCGCAAAUUAAUGAAGAAAUGUUGUGAAGUACUUAUUUCAGGAUUUUCUUGUACCGUUGCAAACAAACUAUUUUACAAGGGUCAUAUAUUGGGUUUCGCUUGGCAAGAAACAGAAGCAGCUUGCUGGAGCUUCCUCAGUUCGACCUAAUAGCAGUCUUUUCCUAUUUGAAUAAAAUAAAAAUCACUUAGUGCUCAUAAAUAAAACAAAACCAAACAAUCCCCUUAGCACCAAUAAAAAGGGGGGUAAAGAUAAGACCAAAGAAAAACAUGGCGCUGAGAAAGGUCUCCAUGGUCAGAGAAUUGUGAAUGAGCCAACCUGAAUAAGCAGUGCAUACCCACUGCCAAUUCCAUGAACUUUAAGGGUAUAUUUACACUGCAACAACACACCUGUGACUGCCCCAUGUCAGCUGACCCGGUUUUGCAGGAGCGUAGACGUUCCGGCUGAGCCUGCAGCCUGGGCUCGUGGACUUCCUUCCUUUGCAGAGUCCCAGAGCCCAAGCAUGGACAUCUACACUGCAAUUUUGUAGCCUCAUAGCACAAUCGCGGUGAGUCUGCUGGCAUGGACCAGGCGUGGGUAUUUUAUUGCAGUGUAGACAUACCCUAAGUCCGACCAAAAAGCUGCUAAAGUGGUAGCCCAGGCUCUCUCUGACCAUACCCGGGAUGCUGGCGUCCAUACUGGCCAGCUCAGCUAGACCAGGUGAACAGGAAGUUUGUAUACCUAGAGAUGAUUGUGAAUUAUUGAAAGCAGACAAACAUUACAACCUAGAAAGAGAAGUAAGCAGAAUUGCACUGGCCUAGUCACUCAUAGCAGAUACCAAGUUUAUUUAUUUCAGUGUUUUCUAACUUUGAUUCCUGCUUGUUAGUAUUUUUUAUGAAUAAUUCUACAGAAUGCAUAAAAGAAGCAGGAAAAGUGUCUAGGGAAUUGGCAGAUAAGAAUGCGGAGCCAGAGUCCCAUCGACUUCAACAAAAGCAGCCCUGCACAGGGUGAUGAGAGCUCCGAGACGUGCUGGCAAUUGAUUUGAUGAAUAUUUUGAAACUGGAUAAUGUUUCCCACCAGGUUCUAGAUGUACCCUGGAUUAGCAUCUUUUAACUGGCAUUAGUCCUUUCCAGCUUCCCAUUACUCAAAACAUAUAGCUUCCCCUCUGAAUUUUCAAUAUGGAAAUUUCCCUAUUGGAAAUACGAUGCUACAAUGUCCAUUAAGUUGAAUGUUAAGAGU